CAUCGGUCCAGGAGAAGGACCUGGAUGGUGCUGAUGGCCAAGAGCACUAGCUAGUACGGAAGGAGACCUACUAGCUAGAAAGUGGAGGUUGUGUGUCUGGGAGGGUAGGCUCGGUGUUGAGCCAAGCGGAGGUCAAUGCCCGCCUCGUUUCCUGGCCAUUGGCUGGCACUUUAGAAGCAGAUUACCCUCUGCCUUCGGCCAGGUCCUGCGGCGACGACCUGGAAGUGAAACAUUCUUCCACCCCCAUGAAGAAAGCCGCCACAGACUCAAACGAGCCAAGAAAGGCAAGGGGGGUCCCAAAAAGAAGCGAGCAAACCACACAGAGCGACCAAAGAUAGAUAGCACAAUCAGCACGCUCGCCUAAUAUCUUGUGUCGUCUUGCGUGUUGCCGACUGAGAAAUUGGCUUGAGGUGAACCAUGCUUGGGGUGUGAAGAGAGCUUCGAGUCGUGGCUUUGAAGGAGGGAAAACUGGUCUACUUGCGCGUAGAUCUUGUACUGGCCCUUACGCAGGCUCCGAAACCGGGAAAGGAAGCCCUGCCCGUUUCAUAAUUCUGCAAAAGAUCAUCGACCAUUCCACGCUGACCACCAUCGACAAAAAGACCUUCUUUCUUACAAAACCGACAAUCCUCUUCUACCGUAGAGAGACUGACAAUGAAGCUCUCGUUGCUUGCCACUACCCUGACCACACUGCUGGUGUCUUCUGUGAGCGCCGCUCCCAAGGGCGAGCAUGGUCCAAUUGACACGACCCGUGGCCCCAAGCUGUUUGAGCCUCCGAGAGCCCGUCGCGGUGGGUACACAUACGUGGAUGAAUUUUCCAUAAAGGUGAAUGGCGAAAUGGACUCGGCGGCAGGCAUGGCCAUCAAGGGAACCUUGGAUGCGACUGCCGAUACCAAAACAGUUGUAACUUCUUUGGAAGGAGGCAAAAUGAAACUGGACAUGUUGUUGGAAAACGUAAAAGGAUCCGUUCAGUCCUUCAUGAUGACGGUCAACUGCGACAGCAACGACCGCGCUCAUUCGGAUCCUCAGUGCGCGCCAUUGUUCGAUGUAGUGGGAGCCGAAGAGACCAUGGUGGUGGAUGAGGAAGGAAACAUUUAUGAAAUCACAACUCCUGAUGGACAGACAUUGGAGAUGGUCCCUCCGCCCGUCGAAGCGGAACCAGAACAAGUCCUCAUGCAUCAAGAAACCUUGGCAGGCAAAUUCCGAGCCAAUCAGUUUGCAGCGUCGCAUCAUUUGGAUAAGAGUCAUCAGCUACUCAAGCUCAUUCCCGAUCAUGCUGUGCGGCCUGGUGAUUCCUGGAUUGACGAUGUGGACAUGGAGGGGAUGGGAACCUUCAAGGGAAAUUCCGUAUUGAUGGGAUACACCACAUAUGAGGACCGCGACUGUGCCGUCUUUGAAUUCGAGGGCACUUUGCAUAUCGACGUCACCCAGCUCGCUGGCAUUUUGGGAGUGGACGACCCCUCCUUGUUGCCCAGCAACAUGACGGAUGCCGAAAUCUCCAAUGUGAUUAUUUGGGAUUACGAGGAUGAUAUUUCUCGGUGGGCACAAGUCAACAUUACUACCUCCUUUGAUAUGCCCAACAUACUCAACCCCGUUGACCCCAAACCUGUUCAGGUCCCCGUCUCGGUCGUCUUGUCCCUCAAUACCGACAUUACCGUCCGACCGGACCACGAAGAAGAACAGCAGAGUAGCUCCUCGGGUAUGGAGUACCGCGGAUAUAAUGAGGCUUCCCAAGCAAAGGAAAAGAGCGGAGAAUACCAAGACAGCAGCAGCUUCAGCAGCAACAGCGGCGGCAAGAAAAAGAGCGGUGGUUGGGGCAAGACCUUCUUUUUCCUGUUUAUGCUCGCUGGAGUGGGAGCCGCCGGAUAUGUCUACUACAAGAAGCGUGAAGGAGAUGAUUUCUUUGUGCGACCGACCUACGAAUUCUCCCCCGUGGGAGCAGAGCCCAUCUACAACUCCAAUGGUUUCAUUUAGAUUGUCUGGUUGCGAGCUUUUUAAAGUGGAACGACCACGACGAUGCAAAAGAAACACAGCUGCGCAGCAAUACUGAAAGAUAUAAAUUACAUUCCAUGAUUGUUCUGAAGUCCAGGCUUGUAUACU